GCCGUUGCCAGUUCUCUUUUGGCUUCACUGCGCCGAAAAGGCGGAGGAGCCGAGCCUGGCCGUGCCAGGCAUAAAGAUGGCCGCCCUCAAGGCUAAACUGGUGGCAGCCAGUGCAAAGAAAUGACUACCCUCUAAGAUGUCCACCAUGGCAAACAGGAAAUGCCAAAGCACCACGGUGACCAUGCUGGAUCACCGGACAAGAGCCUGCCCUGCUUCUCCUCAUGGCCAAGCAGCUGAAAAGGCCAAAAGUACUUUGCCCGGGGAAGACUAUGUGGAGAAGGUGAUGGACGCGGUCUCAGUUGGUCCAGGUAGCUUUCCCCCAGUCGACCCCGAGCAUAUCGAUAACAGCGCAGAUGGGGACUCUAGUUCAGAUUAUGUCAACAACACUUCGGAGGAGGAGGAUUACGAUGAAGGACUUCCAGAGGAAGAGGAAGGAAUCACCUACUAUAUUCGAUAUUGUCCGGAGGAUGACAGUUACCUGGAAGGAAUGGACUGCAACGGGGAAGAAUACGUCCCUCAAGAAGAGCAUCACGUAGAGACAGACGAAUGCCACGAAGCUAUUGAGGAAGGAGAAUGGGUGGAGACCAAAAUCCAGCACCAGGACAAUGUGGCCGAAGCCGUGGGCUACCACGAAGGCUGCAUCCAGAUUUUGGAAAGCGAGGUGGCCUGUUUAGAAAUCCAGGAUCAAGAUGAGAGCAUCCAGUAUUGCCAUCCCGGCGAAGGGGGUUACUACUCCCCGGAAGCCAAUGGCAACUCCCGCCGGAUGUCCCCUUACCACAGCAGGAACGAAGAGGGGGAUCUGGAAGAGCAGGAAGAAGACAUCGACCAGAUCGUGGCGGAGAUCAAGAUGAGCAUGAGUAUGAACAGCAUCAACAGCGCAUCGGAAAUGAGCCCGGAGCAUGAUGGGACUGAAAACGUACCCAAUGACUAUGCAGAGACGUGUCCCAAGGGAGAGCCUGGACACGCGGCCAGUCGGCAUCUGGGGCGGCCCAAAUCCUUAAACAUCCCUCCAGCCUCCAAGCAACUUGGAGAUGCUCCAAGGGGCUUCAAAACCAAGUCCAAGACUCCAGAGGACAGGGAGACCUGGCCACAAGAACAGGUAUGUAAUGGCUUAGAACAACCCAGGAAGCAACAACGCUGUGAUCUCAAUGGGCCAAUCGACAACAAUAAUAUGCUGGAGACCAAGAAGGCACCGUCUUUCCCGAGCUUUGUCGAUGUUCCAGGUCCUUGCGAGCCUGAGGACCUCAUUGAUGGCAUCAUCUUCGCAGCCAAUUACUUGGGUUCGACCCAGUUGCUCUCCGAACGCAACCCUUCCAAAAACAUCCGGAUGAUGCAAGCCCAAGAAGCAGUGAGCCGUGUCAAGACUUCUGAAGGGGAUGUCCAUGCUUUGACAGAGGUGGACUUGUUCAUCUCCACCCAGAGGAUCAAAGUUCUUAAUGCAGACACCCAGGAAACCAUGAUGGACCACGCGCUGCGCACCAUCUCUUACAUUGCUGACAUCGGCAACAUCGUGGUCCUGAUGGCCCGCCGUCGAAUGCCUCGGUCAGCAUCCCAGGAUUGCAUCGAGACGACCCCCGGGGUGCAAGAAGGGAAGAAACAGUACAAGAUGAUCUGCCACGUUUUCGAAUCCGAGGAUGCCCAGCUGAUAGCUCAAUCGAUCGGACAAGCUUUCAGCGUGGCCUAUCAGGAAUUUCUCCGGGCCAAUGGCAUCAACCCCGAAGAUCUCAGUCAGAAAGAAUACAGCGACAUCAUCAACACCCAGGAAAUGUAUAACGAUGACUUGAUUCACUUCUCCAACUCGGAGAACUGCAAAGAGCUGCAGAUCGCCAAACACAAGGGGGAGAUCCUUGGUGUGGUGGUUGUGGAGUCUGGCUGGGGUUCCAUUUUGCCCACGGUCAUCCUGGCUAAUAUGAUGAACGGAGGGCCGGCAGCCCGUUCAGGAAAGCUCAGCAUCGGAGACCAGAUUAUGUCCAUUAAUGGGACCAGUUUAGUUGGACUCCCUUUAGCAACCUGCCAAGGAAUAAUUAAGGGUCUUAAGAAUCAGACGCAAGUGAAAUUGAACAUUGUCAGUUGCCCUCCGGUCACCACUGUCUUAAUCAAGCGCCCGGAUCUGAAAUACCAGCUGGGUUUCAGUGUACAGAACGGAAUUAUCUGCAGCUUGAUGCGAGGUGGGAUUGCAGAGAGAGGCGGGGUCCGGGUAGGGCAUCGCAUUAUUGAGAUCAAUGGUCAAAGUGUCGUCGCUACGGCUCAUGAGAAGAUUGUCCAAGCCUUGUCCAACUCCGUAGGAGAGAUUCACAUGAAGACGAUGCCUGCUGCCAUGUUCCGACUGCUGACCGGUCAAGAAACUCCACUCUACAUCUAAAAGGGAAGCUCGGCUCCUCCUCCAGCAAACCAUAUCCUGCUGCCUAAGCUUAAACUUCCAGAGAAAUGUUGUAUUUUGUAGGAAACGGGCAUGGUUUGAACCCAAAACUGGAUAUGCUGGACGCUCAAUGGAUCCAGUUCCUUUGCCUUUUUUUCUGUUGGGUUUGUUUCUUAGUUUACCUCUCUCCCUCCUUUGAAAACCUCGAUGACGAUGUCCUCGUUAUGGCAAAUAACCACAGGCAUCGUCUUUCCAGCCAUGUGAUCGGCAAUCUCCAUCUUCACGACUCAGGAUGAAGUCCACCACGAAGCUGAUCGAGUCCCACGGCUUUUUUGAACCUUCUGGUUGCAGAGAGACACUUAUUACGUCCUUCUAAUACUUUACUGUAAGGGGAUUCCAGCAUGUCCAUAGCCCUCUGUCUGUCUCUGCCGCCUUCCGCCUCGAGGCACGUGGGAAGGAGUCUACGGAAACCGGGCCCUUUCCCCUGGGGACGCUGCCCCCGGACUGCACCUUCCCAACUCAGUGGAUGCAGCCGGGGAAGGGUUGUUGCAAUGACUGAGAAGGGGUGCAGUU